GCGGGUGUGCCUAACUUAAGAUCAUUGUGUGUUUACAGUGUCUCUCUCUCUCGCUCUCUGUGUAGACUACAGUAUCUAGCUGGUAUUGAGCUACACAGUUAGCUAGGUAACCAGUAAAUUAUGGUAACCAGCGAGCCAGCAACUAUCCUCAAGAGAAUGAAAAAACUGGACAUUGAGUGACACAGGCCCCUUUGUGUGGAUGGAGUCAACACGGAGUGCGGCGGCACUGGGGCCAUCUCGCGAGUAUAAGCUGGUGAUGCUGGGUGAGGGAGGUGUGGGGAAGAGUGCCAUCAUCAUGCAGUUUAUCAGCCACAUGUUUCCUGAGGACCACGACCCCACCAUAGAGGAUGCCUAUAAGACACAGAUCCGUAUUGACGAUGAACCGGCCAACUUGGAUAUCCUGGACACUGCAGGGCAGGCAGAGUUUACGGCGAUGAGGGACCAGUACAUGAGGGCAGGAGAGGGCUUCAUUAUUUCCUACUCCAUCACCGACCGUCGCAGCUUUCAGGAGGCACGGCAGUUCAAACAGCUCAUCCACCGUGUGCGGCGUACUGCGGACACACCCGUGGUCCUUGUGGGCAAUAAGUCUGACCUCGCUCACCUGAGACAGGUGUCAGUGGAGGAGGGCCGGAGCCUGGCGCGGGAGUUCCAGUGUCCCUUCUUCGAGACCUCAGCAGCCUUCCGCUACUACAUCGACGACGUGUUUGCCGCUCUGGUGCGGCAGAUCCGCCAGCGGGAAGUGGAAGCAGCCAAGGGGAGCGAGAAGAAGAGCCGACGGCACCACUCCUUCUGGACCCGCCUGAAGUCCCCCUUUUGCAGGAAACAGCGCUCUGAGCACUGAGACGGCCGUAGUGCUACGGCACCCAAAGAGAUGCAGUUGGAGGGGGUGAGGGUUGAGGGAACAGAAAAGUUCAGUGUAGAGACAUAGAAAUUCAAGACAAAAAAGGAGAGGAGUGCUAAAUCCAGAAUAUAAAGGACUGAAUCAGGGUUGAUAUGAGGGCAGCCUAGAUCCUUGAUUGUGAAUAUAAGGACAGUAAGACAUGCUAGGGUUUGAGAGCAUUGGCAAGGGAAAGGAGAUGGAUGGAUGGAAAGGAUAAAGGGAGAAGUGGAGGGCUCUGAGAGAUACCAACAAAACAGAGAAACCCUGUUGUAGAGGCCAAGGCAACCUGCAAGACCAAAGUAUUACAGUUUUAACCACUCUCAGUUUGCGAGGUAUUUGGUCACUGCACAACACUGGCACAUGCUGGUCCCUUGAGAAAAAACUGUACCUAAUAUUUCAUCAGAUAUACUCAGACUGCCACGAGUGGAUUGCAGUGGUCGCCUGAUGUACGCUGUUCUUGUCUGCCCCACAUGAACAGGCGGCUCAGCUACUGCUGCUGCUGUGUAUCAGAAAAGCCUGCAAUGGUUUAGACCUCUAUAUUCUGGGUUGAAAAUACAUCCCUGCGAAGCUGUCAGACUGAAACCCCAGAAUGCCUGACUUGUAUCCUUAUUCAGAGCUGUAAAUAGCUCUCUGGAGGCACUUAAUUCUUACUUUUAAACAUGGGGGCCAAAUAUUAAG